UGAUCUGUAAGAAAAAUAUCCAUGGUGAAGUGUACGAAGUAAUCUACUGGGUGGUUGUCACAAUACACAGAGAAAAAAUGCUGAAAAACUACAACCCCUAGCUUUGGAACACAAGGAUGUGUUCGAUAUGAGUUACGGGCUGGCCCGGCAACACGGAGGGGCGUAUUUCCCCGAUUCCAGAACAGGUCGGGAGAUUUCACCGGGCGAUGUAGAAAUAUAACUGCAACACAUAUUGUCCGAGGCACCCAUGUUACAUUCCCCACCUACUCUGCGCCUGCUCUGUAACGAAGCCGAAGCAUAUAUAUGUACCUCAUCAAAACUAGCUUGUGUUGAAAAGUAUCUAUACAGCAGCAGUAACGGUCGUAGCCUAGCAUAGCAUCCGGUGAGUUGGCCAGUGACACGAGGACCUAAAAAUGAUAUGAAAGAGUGUAUGUGACAGUUAGAUCGCGUCUUGGUCGGCUAAGCGUUGAGGUGGAAGUUUUUAUUUUGAAAAAGAAAGAAAGAAAUGCUCAUCGGUGGCGUACCGGCGCAUUUAUGUUAGCCUGCUAACGCUAGCUAACUAGCAGUCUGGCUAACGAGGAGUACAGGACCGGCUAGUCAGCAGACCGACACACCGCAGCAAAGAUUUGUGUAAAUUUGAGGCAAUGGAUGGUGACGCAGAAGCAGCCUCCGAGCGAAUUCUGCUGGAGCCGUACAAGUACUUGUUGCAGCUGCCAGGGAAGCAGGUGAGGACAAAACUCGCCCAGGCGUUCAACCACUGGCUCAAUGUUCCAGAGGACAAACUGCAGGUGAUCAUCGAGGUGACUGAGAUGCUGCACAACGCCAGCUUGCUCAUAGACGACAUCGAGGACAGCUCCAAGCUGCGGCGAGGCUUCCCCGUGGCCCACAGCAUCUACGGCAUUCCCUCCGUUAUCAACUCCGCCAACUACGUCUACUUCCUGGGUCUGGAAAAGGUGCUGACCCUGGAGCAUCCCGAGGCUGUCCAAGUGUUCACCCGGCAGCUGCUGGAGCUGCACCGUGGCCAGGGCCUGGACAUCCACUGGAGGGACACCUACACGUGUCCCACCGAGCAGGAGUACCGCAACAUGGUGCUGCAGAAAACUGGAGGGCUCUUUGGCUUGGCCGUGGGCCUGAUGCAGCUCUUCUCAGACUGGAAACAGGACCUGAAGCCACUUCUGGACACGCUGGGCCUCUUCUUUCAGAUCCGCGAUGACUACGCCAACCUGAGCUCCCGCGAGUACAGCGAGAACAAAAGCUUCUGCGAGGACCUGACGGAGGGGAAGUUCUCCUUCCCCACCAUUCAUGCUAUAUGGUCGCGUCCGGAGAGCACCCAGGUGCAGAACAUCCUCCGGCAGCGCACGGAGAACAUGGACAUCAAACGAUACUGUGUGGACUACCUGGAGAAGGUAGGCUCAUUCGCCUACACCCGUCAGACUCUGCGGGACCUGGAGGUAGAAGCCUACCGUCUGAUCGGGGAGUUUGGGGGAAACCCUGAGCUGGAGAGUUUGGUCAAACACCUCAGCAAAAUGCAUCAUGAAGCUGAGGCAGAGCCCAGUACUGAGCCACACUCCAGCCAAAACCACUGACCUCAUCCACUGUUCACUGCUGCAUUACCCUCAUACUAACUUCCCUGCACACUCCACUAACACAGACGCUUUGCUAAUUACAGUGAUUCACAUUCCUGAAAAGCACAACACACACACCGCUACGUUACAUUCACAAUCAGUGAGUCACAAUCAGUCAUUAAACUUGAACACUUCAGCAGUGGUGAUGCAGCAGAGCAGCCCCAAAUGUUGCCUUUAUCUGUAGUGUGCUACGCGGCAUCCUUCAAGUGUUGCUUAACAAAGUACACAUCACCACUUUGUAUCUGUGCAGUCAGUGGAGGAGAUGAAUUAAAAUAGAAAAGAACUUCCUACGGUUUUAGGUUUGCUUUUCUGAAAAUGCAGAAUAAUAAGACGGCAAGCUUAAAAGCCUUCCUUUUGAUGUGAUACGGUGCAUAUAAAUGUAUUUUUUUAAGUGUUUUGCCAGCAAACUGAAAACUGUUUAUCUAGGGCCGAGCAAAUGCUGGAUGUUACUUCCAAAGUCCCUGUUUAAAAUAAGAUGCGGAGUGUAUGAUGGGUGAUUCGGGGGAUCCUCAAUCAUUAAGCCGCCUCAGUGCCAAUCCCUCAGAAAGACCUCCGCAACUCACUCGUCUGCUCAUUAUGUAACACACUGGCAUUAUAUGCAAAGUAGCACUCGUGCUGUUUAUGCUCGGCUGUACAUGAGUGCUGUGUUGAUGCUUUGGUGUAUUACAGACUGUGUGUUUCUGUCUGGUUCAGCUCUUCACAUCUCUAAUGUUUUUAUUUGGCUUGAUUCACUUAUGAUAUUUGAAGGUUGACACUGUGCUGCCGUUAUGAACUCAUUUGCAUUUACUGAAUAAAAACCCCUUUAAGGAUAA